ACCAUCAGCUGCUUGAAGGGAAAAGUAUCAGAGUCACAGUGGAACACGAUGAACCAGGAGACGGAGAUGAAGAAGCAGCAGUCCCAAAUCCAGGAGUUGACCGAACAGGUGGACGCGCUUCACAAAAAAUGGCAAGAGGCCAUUCAGCACAUCCAAGUCCUUCAGGCAAAAGAACAGCUGAUGUCCAAGAAGGAGCAGAAGAUUCAGGAUCUCGAGCAGAAGCUGUCCACGCAAGAGCAAGACGCGGUCAUCGUGAAGAACAUGAAGAGGAAGCUGGCUCAGUUUCCCCAGAUGGAACGGGAAUUGCAGCAACUCCGGGAGGAGAACACCUACCUUAGGGAAAUGAGAGAAAACAACGGAUUGCUGAAAGAGGAAGUCGAAGGGCUGCAAAAGAAACUUGAGAGAUUCGAAAAAGUCCAGGCAGAACGGGUCACUUUGGAACUGCAGAACAAGAAACUUCAGGAAAAACUGGACCAGAACGCAGGCCGAGAUAUCAGGUACGUGAAAAAUG